AUGAGAAAGAAGUUCACUUUACAGUUUUCACAUCCAACAAUUGAACAAGCUUAUUAAAAAGAUAGGUUAUUGAAAUAUUUAUGGAUAAAGAAAAUACUGGCAAUAUUGAUUCUUUUGUUUUCGAUAGUUGGAUUAAUUAGUUCAUUUUUUUAUGAAAAAUAAGAAAUUAUGUAUUGGGAAGUUGGUUUUACAAGCUACAGCAUAUUUUUGGUAAUUAUCUCUCUUAAGGGAUCUCCAGAAAAAGUGAAGGCUAUCUUUUAAUUCACAAAUAUACUCUUAUGUAUUUUGUAGAUACGUGCUAAUUAUUAUUCAACACCUUAAUGUAUUUAUUUGAGUGGAUAAAACAUUAUGAUUUUCAACAUGAUAAUGUUUUAUUUUUCAAGUAUCUAGGAAGCACCUAUUUAAUUAAUUUUCUUUCUUGUUUCAAGAUGUGUGAUAACUGCAUUAGUGAAUGAUAUGUUUAUGGGAUAAGAUUUAAUAUCAAUAAUAAUAACAACUCUUAGUAUACUAAUUUUUAUUUAUCAGAAUGAUUAAAUUCAAAGAGAGCAUUUUUUAUUGCAAUUCUCCGAUAAACAAUGGGGUAUCAAUAUUAUUUAAUUACAGAAUAAACCUUACCAGUUGUUAUUUAGAGUCCAUUUGUAAUGUUUACUUUUGAUGAAGAAAGAUUGAAUUUUAAUUUAAAAAUUGCUAAUGAUAUGACAGGAAUUUGUUGGGAUAAUGAAAAGGCACCUUCUGAAAAUUUAAGAUUCUUUUUGAGAUCUUUCAAAAUGGGCAAUGAUAAUUUAGAAUAAUAUUUAGUAACAAGAAGUAGAACAUGUAGUGAUUAUAAGAAGAUUUAUUAAUUCUAAUUAAGGAUUUAAAGAAAUGAAUAAAUUUAUGGAACAAAGAAAUAUAUAAUUAGAUUUUCUGAUUUUUAUUUAAGAGAAUAAGUAUUCUUAAUUGUCUUUGAUCAACAUGAAUAAAAGAUAAGAAUCUUAGAGAAAGUGAAAACUGCUUUAAUCUAAGGUAUAAAUUAACAUUAGAAUUUAACAAUCAAUUUCUUAUAAAAAUAAUAAUAAUUACUUUAAAAUCUUAUUGUAUCAAAUAAUUCUAUAAGUACUAUUUAUAAAAUGAAGAUUCAUUGUAUGUAUUUCAUAGGAAAAUAUACUCAAUGUAAUAGUUUUCAAGAAAUUGAAUAAUAAAUUAUAUAAAUUAAUAUUACUGAUAUGAUAAAAGGAUUAAUACAUAUCUAUUGUAUGGCUUAUAAAACAAUAUAAAUUGAAUUCUCAAGUAGUACUUUUGAAGAUAUCUAUAUUUUUAGUAAUGAAUAACUAUUGAAUAUUUUUUUAGUAAUCAUAUUCUAGACACUUGUUAGGAUAUGUUAAAAUGGAAAAACAGUAUUUAUUCACAUUAGUGAAACAAAUAAAUAAUAAGAUUUGGAAUUAAUAAAGAUUAGUGUUUUAUUUAAUAAGUCAGAAGAACUCAAAUAAAAAUUAGUAUAUAACUAAUUAUUUUAUAAAAUAUAAGUAAGAUUAAGUCCAAAAGUAGAUAUUAUAUCUAAUGAUAAUUGUAAUCAUCAUAUAUAUUGACUAGCAUGUCAUUUUGAAAUUUAUAAAGAUCUAAAUUUAUUGAAUGCAAUUAGGAUGUUAGAAGAAGAUAUAGUAUGA